AACCGGAGGGGCGGCUCUCUUUUCAUCGCACAGACGCCAAGCUCCCCGCGAUCCGUCACCGAUUUCUCCCCCUUUUAUUCGAUUUCCCCCCCUCUUUUCUCAGUCCCAUCCUUUUAUAAAUUUCGAUUUCUUUAGAACUUUCUUUGUAUCCGAUCCCUUUUCGUUUCCCGGCGAUUUUCCAUUCAGAUUCCGGCCAAAUCAUCCGCCAGAUCGCCCCAAUUCUCACCGGAGUUUACAGGGAUUGUCGUCUAUUGGUUGAUUUGAGAUUAGGUUUUCGGAGUACUUUGUUUGUCGAUCGGGACCUUGGAAUUAGGGUUUCGAGGGUUUUUGGAGAUUUAGAGGGGUUCGACCGAUGGCGCGGAGUUCCCGUCACAAAUCUCACCGGUCUCAUAAGCACAGGGAUCGUUCGGAAUCUGAAGACGAGGGGAGUUCUAGAGACAGGAAGAUGAAGGUGGCGGAGGAAGAGUCCGCUAGGGUUUCUAGGGUUUCGGAUCAGGAGAAGAGGAAAUCUUCGUCUAAAGAUGGAGUUGGGACCAGCAACGGCGAUGUAUCGGGGGAUUAUGGGAAGAAGCGGAAGGAUAGAGACGAAGAUUCGGCCAUCGUCGGAGAUAGGUGGAAUGGCGGCGGAGAUGAUGAUGCUAGGGUUGAGAAGGAGUCGAAAAAGGAGGGAUCUGAUGCGGCAAAUUUGGAAAAGAGUUCAAAAUCAAAGUCUUUAGGUGGGGAUUCGAAGGGGAAGUCUAAUAGUAGCAGAAGACGUGAGGGUUCGAGUGAAAAGAACGAGGAGAAGAGGAGGUUAGAGAAGGAGAGUAGCAGGAGAGAGAGUAGCAGCAGUCGUUGUAAGGAUGAAAAGGAGAAGGAUAAGGAUAGAGAAAGGGAGAGAGGAUCAGAGAAAGACAAGAAAGAUCAGGAUUUUAAACACGAGAGGUCUGAUGAUAGAGCAGCUAGAAGAGAAGAACGUUCUGUAAAGCCGGGAAUUGAAAUUUCUGAGCUACAGGACGAGAUGCACAAUCCUGAUAUAGAAAAAGAGUCUGACAAACGGAGUAAAAGGAGAAGAGGAGGAUCUGGUGACCUAGACCGACUAGAUGAUGGAAGAAAAGGUGAUGGUAGACAAGAAUCUUCUAGAGUUGAACACUCAAAAAAUGGAAGCUACAAAGAUGGGAGAUACAAGGAAAAAUACAGGGAGGAGCUUGACAAGGAAAAAUACAGGGAGGAACUUGACAAGGAAAAAUACAGGGAGGAGCUUGACAAGGAAAAAUACAGGGAGGAGCUUGACAGGGAUCAGAGGCACCAUGACUACAAGCGCAAAGAUGAACGCUCCUCAAGAGCUCACACUAGUGAGAGGUCUGACAGUAAGCAUUAUAGAGAUGAUCGUGAUAGCACUCGUCGUGUUGAUGAUGAGAAAACUAAGCUGCAUGACAGUGAUCGAGGUGGUAGUCGCCGUGUUGAUGAUAAUAGCACCAAACUUAAAGAUAACAGAGGAAGGAAAAGGUCUUCUGCUGAAAUUGAAGACCAGAAUGACAUGAAAUCUCGAAGUGCAAAAGAACCACGUGAAGAUGGUAAUAAAAAUGGAUCAAGUUCUAGUAAAUUUGAUUCACGCUCUGACAGAGCUAGGCUUGAACAUCCACAUUCUGACAGGGUUGAUUCUUCCCUGAGCAAUAGCCGAACUAAGAAUUCUCCCAAUGCUAGUGCUUAUAGUAGCAAGGAUCAGAUUAGGCAUAACUCUAGCCCAGCUUCAAGAGACCACUCUGCUUCUGGAGGUCGAGAGAGAAUAUCUGGAUCUCGGUCUUCAGAAAAAGCCAAGUUGAAGGAUAACAUCCAUUCUGAUGCAUUCAUCGCAGAUGGUGGUUCUUUUCUUCAUCAUGAUAGGGUCCCAAGAUCAGAUACUCGUUCUUCUCCAAGCCAGUUGAGAGAAAAAUCCCCUACAUCUGAACGGCGAUCGGAGAGAAUUACUUCCCGUCGCAGCCUUGAUAUGGAGGAAGGUGGCCAAAGAAGUAGUAGCAGUUCCAAGGGAAAAAAGGGUGAUUCUUCAUUUCAUGCCAAUGUCAGGGAACGUGAAUACCUUGCAGAGAAGCCCAGCGAGGCUGAUUCUUCUCAGGUGGAGCUUUUCAAAAGAGAGCAUGUUUCAGUGGGAUCAUCCUCUAGUAGAGCUGCCCAGCUACAAGGUAGUUCACCUGGACAUCUCCCCCCUCCACCACCUGUAAGGAUUGGAGUAGACAGUCCAUCUGUAUUAGGCUCUUAUGAAGAUGAUACUAGAAGUCAGAAUGGGGAGCGUAAAAUUAACACCAGAUAUAAAAGGGGCGGUGAUUCCACUAUAGGAAGAGGUCCAGGAACUCCUUGGAAAGGUCCCCCAACUUGGCCAUCUCCAGUUGCAAAUGGCUUCAUGCCCCUCCAACAUGGACCUUCUGCAGGCUUUCAUCCAGGCAUUCAGCAGUUUCCCGCUCCAUCGCUAUUUGGUAUGAGGCCACCCAUGGACUUGAACAACCCUUCCUAUCAUAUUCAUGAGGGCAAUAGGUUUCCUGGUCAUGUCCGUCCUUUUGGAUGGCAUAAUGCAGUUGAUGACUGUCCUCCUCAUUUGCAAGUGUGGGAUGGAAAUGCCAACGUGUUCGGUGAUGAAUCCCAUAUCUAUGGUAGGCAGGAAUGGGAUCAGAACAGGCAUUUGUUGAGCAGCAGAGGAUGGGAAAUGAGUACUGAUAUGUGGAGCAGACAGAAUGCUAAUGCUAAUAUAGAUCGCCCUGCACCGUGGAAGGAAGAUGAGUAUUCUCGUCAAGCUCAAGUUGACGAAGCUUCGGUCGGGAAUUUGGGGCAUAAUUCUCGUGAUGAAAAGGCUAGAUCAGAGCAGCCUGUUGCUGAUGCCAGUGGCAUCAAGCUACCUAGUGAUUCAUCCCUGGCAAAGCGAUCUGUCAGAGCUUCUUCAAAAUCUCCAUCUGAUAAGACACCUGAGCUUUCUAAAAUGCCUGGUUUAAAUGGGACUUCUGAAAAGCAGAGUGGUAGUGAUGUUCUUUGCUGUACUUAUCUUUCCAAGCUUGACAUAUCACCUGAUCUUGUCAAGCCAGAGUUGUAUAAACAGUGCAUCUCUUUGAUGGAAGGUAGAGAGAGAGAUGUUACAGAUAAUUUUUCAAUCCAGGGACGAAGAAAGAACAACGUAGAGCGUCUCAGAUUGGUGGCAAAAAGUGAACAGAAAGUCCAUAAAUCUCUCUUUCCUACAGCUUCAGAAACUACCUUUCGGAGAGCCAUGUCCCUUUACAAAAAGCAGAUGGAAGCAAUGAAAGAGGCGAUGCAUAUUGCAUUACCCCUGGUGUGUUCUGAACAGCAGAAUAAUUCUCCCGAAUCAAACAAUGAGAAUGUGACUGCCAAGUCCAUGGAUCAUGUGGAAGGGAGUUUGCCCACAAACCUGGAGGAAGACAAUAACACAGUUGCUGCUGAUGGAGGCGAAGGCGACAAAAACCCUAGCGACCCUGAGGAACAACCGGGCGAUAAGCCUAGUGAUAAUAAAGCACAACAAGUUGAGAUUUCUGUUGCUGCUGAGGAGAAAGGGUUUGUUAAGAAUUCUGAUGCUGUUAUAUCUGUUGAGGGUUCCAAGCAAAGUGAGGCUAUAAUCCCAGAAUGUAGGGCUAAUUUAAGUCGGAUACAUCUCUCUCCUGAAAGUACACAUUGAGACAAUUUCUAUUUAAUGUUUUUUGAAUUUUCUUUCUGUUUAUAAGGGCCAUGGGCUCUUAUAUUGCUUGUGUUUGAUCUGCAUCACCUAGGGCCUUUUGUUCUUUGUUUAGUUCGUUGUUAAUUUCUGGCAAAAAAAAAAAAAAAUCUUCUGUUUGCUUGUGGCAAGGAUCCAAUGUCGGUCCUGCAAUCUUGUUCUUGUUCAGUUAUCAUAUCUAUAAAUUAAUUUCUUGCCUCGAGCAAAAAA